ACGAGCCAACACUAAGAGUGACGCCAUGACAGAUCCAUGUAUGCAAUGCUAGCGGGAGUAGAAAAAGGACGGGCCUUAACAGCGUCAACAAAACAUGCUUCCCGGGACGCUUUUUUUGAGUUACUCCGACCUGAAAUGUCCUUAUUGUCUUUGUGGACGCUUUUGAACGCCAACGAUCCGGUAAUCUACAUAAUACAUAGCCAGCAAGUUGCUCUCCAAACCUGUUAGCCAAAAUAGGCUAACACGGCGGCUAAUGUUUUUAUACUCGUUGUGUUUAGAGCUACUAAAACAAUAACGGGUGAGUUGACACAGGCUACCUGCAGAGAAAGGUAUGGCCUGGUUUUGACCGGACGCUGCUGGUGAUGGCAGAGGGCAGCUGUGCAGGCGAAAUGCGCUCCUAUGACCCGAGUCAUAGCUCUCAAGCAAAAAAGAGACGCAUUUCUCCUGGUGGUGGAGAAGAGCCCAUGAGGAAGAUGCCUGUGUCAAGGUUUGGUAUGCGACCUCGAUUUGAGCCUGUGCAAUUUGUUAGCGGCGGCAGCAGUAUUGGCACUGGUGAAGUAGGAAAUGGCGCAGAUGAGAAGGAGAACGAUAAGGAGCCCCGAAGCAGUGACCCCCCCAGAAGUAGUGACCCGCAUGCUGGCCGAUACAGGGAAUAUGAACACGCUUCUUACGGUAGCACGGGCAGAGGACCGAGCACCUCCUCUCUCAGGCCUGCUUUUGACUUCCGUAGGGAUCGAGAACGGCACAAGAAUAAUGUUCCUUCGGGCGGUCCAGUCAGCUUAGGCUACGGAGGCCGAGGCUCCGCAUCUAACUUUAUGGCAACAAUUCAACAAGACUAUACAAACAAGUAUGAGACCCACAGCUUUCGCAACACAGAUUUCUAUUCGCAGCCGUACAGGCACAAUGGAUACAGUGGCGGAAACAGAUCAAGCGGCUGGGACUGUGGACGGCAGGGUUUGGGGUACAGCCACAGGGAUCGUCCUCAUAACAGAGCGUACAGCGGGCCUGCCGCCUCUCAGCCGGGGGAAUUGCCACCUCAGCUGCUACCUAUCAAUCACUCCACGAUCGUGGAGAAGCACAGGCUCAUUACCUGUCUGGCGUCCGCCUUGGCGAUGUCUUUGUCGGAUCCUCAGUACAUGACCGGAACUGAGGAUCUGAAUUACAGUUUCAUGUUGAGUCGCAGCAUCCAGGCCUGCAAGACCAACCCUCAGUACACUUACGUCAACUUGAGGGAUAUCCCUCAAGCCGACCUACCCAAGAACCGCAAAGUUCCGACGGAUGGCUAUGCCUGCGAGCUAAGGUGUCAGGGAGUCUAUCUGGCCACGGGCUACUCUUUCAGUAAAAACGGCGCGAGGGACCGUGCCUCCGAAAACGCCGUCAGACUCUUCAUGAAGCCUGUCGAGGUGCGCGUGGUGCCGCGCAAGUACAAGCACACGAUGCUCAACGACAUUGUGGUGUGCCAGAUGAGCUGCCCUGCCCCUGCCUUAGCGCCCGCUCUUUGCAAUCCGGAGAACAUCGGCUAUCCCAACUGUAAGGGCCCCAACGAGCCCGACAUGCGCAAGCGUUGGACGGAGUUUGUGGUCAUGGACAAUGCCCAAGACGCCAUCUGCAUUCUCAACAAUUCUGCCGCUUUCUGUCACAUGAAGGUGGACUACAAGUUUGAGCGGCUGCCCAACCUCGGCUGGAUGUGCAGCGUCUACGUGCAGGAUGAAAUGGUGGCGCAGGCCAGCGGCAACAAAAAGAACUCUAAGCACGCUGCGGCAGAAGCGGCCCUGGCAAAGCUGCGCUUGAAUCAGGCGGAGCAACAGCGCCAGCAGCUAGCGCCCCAGCACGCCCGGGGACAUGAGCAAUCGGGAUCCUCCGCUGGGCAAUUCGGCAUGAGGAAGAAACAUCUGAGUGAGGUGGUCAUCUUAGAGAAUUCGGAUAACGCCGUGAGCAUCAUCAAUGACACGGCUCAGUUCAACAAGAUGACGGCCAACUACAAGUUCAUCUGUUUGUCCGAUAAUCGCUGGAGGUGCGAAGUGUACUUGGAAGGACAAUUUGUGGCAGCAGGAGUGGGCGCCAAAAAGCAGGUGAAGCACUUCGCGGCACAGGAGGCCGUAGACACCCUGAGACAGACGCAGGCAGUGGUCAAGUCCACCAUGAAGUGGGAGGGUCGUGCCAAGGCCAUCUCCCGUUCGCAGAUCCAGGGUCGCUCGGGAGAGGAAGCCAUGAAACAGGUGAUAAAAGAGGACAACAUUGGGAACCAGCUGCUGCGGAAGAUGGGUUGGACAGGUGGAGGUUUGGGCCGAGACGGAGAAGGCAUUGCCGAGCCCAUCAAAGUUAAGGAGAAGUUCUCCAGGGAGGGCUUGGGUAUGGACUCAAACAAGUGCCAGCUCAACAAACGGGACAUCGAGGGCAUCAUCAUUAACUACGCCAGGUCGGACCGCCAGGACGAUCUGCACUUCUCCACCGACCUGACCAGCGAUGAGCGCAAGCGGAUCCACCUAGUGUCUCACAAGUACGGCCUACGGAGCAAGUCAUAUGGGCAGGGCAGGCAUCGCUACCUCAUCGUCAGUCGCAGAGUGGACAAAAAUCAGCUCAUUGGCCAGCUCCUGCAGGAAGGGCAAGUGGGCCGCUACGAACUGGUCAAACCUCAGACCUCGCAUUGAUUUGCAUGUCAACUCCAGCUGUGAGCUUUAACUUCACAAAUCCACAUUCUCAAUUUGGACUCUACAAAUAAGGUCUUAAGGGUUCCUGCAUUCCAUUCCCCCAAACAAUUAACUUUGAUAUGUUUCCAUGUCACCUUUAUUUACUUUGGCGCACGCUUGCGUCGAAGUGUCCUGAUGAGGGUCAUAGUCACAAAAAAUUUAAGGGACUGUUUCACUGUGUGUAAAACAUAAUGCAAGUCGAUUCAUGUAACAGUUGGACUACAAGAUCAUUAACUCUGAUGGGAGUUGGGCAUAAUUUGUUUUGCAGCACACUGAAUUAUCGUAGCACUUUCCAUGGUUAUUGUACAAGAGCUACAUUUGCAUUGUCAAAAUGUGUAUCCAGACAUGUUUGCAAAUAAAAUCAAAC